GCCGCCGCUGCGUGUGCUGGAGCUCUACAGCGGGAUCGGAGGGAUGCACCAAGCGCUGAAAGAAGUGCAUAUGCACUAGGACAACGGGGCUCUCCUUAGCUACCGGGCAGGGAUGAGCGACUCUGAGCACGGCCCAGCCACGGGCGAGGAGGACGGCGGGGAACCUGAGGAGGAGGAGGAAGAGGAAGCCAUCGCCGGAGAUGGAGAACCGGCGCAGGGCAGCCGGAAAGCCCGGGGUGGCCAGAAGGCCCGGGGCAGGCCACGGCUCACAGAGUCCGACCGAGCCCAGCGCCGCCUCGAGUCCCGGAAGAAAUACGACAUGCGGCGGGUCUACCUGGGCGAGUCCCACGGCCCCUGGUCGAACCUGAGGCAGCGCAGUGGCUGGAGCGACGCCAAGCUGGCCGCUUACUUGCUGGGACUGGAACGGGAGCAACGGGCCGGGCGCCGCGGGAAGCUUUGGGAGCGGACGCCUUACGAGCCGCAAAGGAAGAAGAGAAGGCGGCGGAACGUCAACAGCCUGAAGAACAUAGUCAUCUGGUACGAAGACCACAAAAACCGCUGCCCCUACGAGCCCCAUCUCUCGGAGCUGGACCCCACCUUUGAGAUGUACACGACGGCCGUGUGGCAGUGCGAAGCAGGGCACCGCUAUUUCCAAGACCUGCACUCGCCUCUCAAGCCGCUCAGCGACUCCGAGAACGACGGCGCCGGAAGCUCCGGGAAUUCCGACGAGAGCUCUAGCUCCGAGGCGGAAGAGCAGCCAGAGAGCCGUGUGCGGCAGCCGCCAGAAAGUAAGGAGGCUGAGAGUGCCAGCGGGCUCAUCACCCGGGACGGCAUCCACAUUCCGUUUGAGCACCAUAUUGAGAACCUGGCGGCCGAGCAGGGUGCCGGCGUGUGCCACAACCCACCCCUCGGUGGCCCGCAGACCAUGGAAACUGUGGUGUGCGUGCCCGUGCCUGUGCAGAUGAGUUCGGGCCACGGGACUCUCUUUGACAAUGUGACGCCAGAGACGCUUAGUGAAGUGGUGGCUAGCUGUCCUGUCCAGGGUGUGGCACAGGGCUCACAGGUGAUCAUCAUUGCCGGGCCGGGCUACGAUGCCCUCACAGCCGAGGGAAUCCAGCUGAACGUCACCAGCACGGGGGGCGAGGAGCUUCCCUGUGCCAUGAUUGAGGGCGUGACGGCUUAUGCUCAGACGGAGCCCGAGAAUGGACAGCCCGGUAGCAUGGAGGCCAUGGAGAGUGUGGAAUACAUCGAAACCAAAAGAGAAAACGAGGAGCUUUUCGAGCUCCAAAAGGAGGAGGAGCCGCCGCAGCCCCCGGCAGAAAUAAGGACACCCUGUGACCCAGAGCCGGCCCAUGAGAGUGGGGGGCUGCCAGCGGAGGAGGAGGAGGCAGAGGGCAACAACAUGUCCUCCAUCAUCUAUGAGAUUCCAAAGGAACCUGAAAAGAGGAGGCGGAGUAAAAGGGGCCGCGUGAUGGACGCCGAUGGCAUGCUGGAGAUGUUCCAUUGCCCCUACGAAGGGUGCACCCAGGUCUAUGUAGCACUUAGCAGUUUCCAGAACCACGUUAACCUUGUCCACCGAAAGGGAAAGACGAAGGUGUGCCCCCACCCAGGUUGCGGCAAGAAGUUCUACCUGUCCAACCACCUCCGGAGGCACAUGAUCAUCCACUCCGGAGUCCGCGAAUUCACCUGCGAGACCUGCGGGAAAUCCUUCAAGCGCAAGAACCACCUGGAAGUCCACCGCCGGACGCACACAGGCGAGACGCCCCUCCAGUGCGAGAUCUGCGGUUACCAGUGCCGCCAGCGAGCUUCUCUCAACUGGCACAUGAAGAAACACACCUCGGAGGCCCAGUACAACUUCACUUGCGAGCACUGCGGAAAGCGCUUUGAGAAACUGGACAGCGUCAAGUUCCACAAGCUAAAGAGCCACCCGGAUCACAAAGCUGCCUGAUCCGGACUAUGAACCCUGUUUAUUUAUUAUUGGCCCCGUUACAGGUUCCUAACCAACAGUGGGCACUUCUUUGCACAUUCGCAGCUGGAGAUGUGAUGUGCGCUGCCUGCAGCAGAGGGUUGCAUUCCCCUUCAUCGGCGUGGUGUGUGCAUCAGCUUUUUAAGAGCAGAUGGUGACAAACUUCAAAGUUUUAGUUCUGUUGUGCAGGUGUUCUCAGGUAUCGGGGUGGAGCGGUGGGGGGGGGAUUGUUCAAAACAGCAUCCGAUCUGGAGAUUGUGGUGCUACAAGCUCUCCAAGGGAGCGGGAAUGAUGCUGUAUUCAUAGACAAUAAGAAUCUUAGCCAAUUAAACUAACAGUACUUUGUUUGCUGCUAAAUGGCACCUUAGCUUGUCUGGCAAUUUGAUGCUUGGGUCCGACGUAGGAGCGUCCAUUCGCCUACCACUACUUACAGAGAGGCUGGCUUCAGUGGGGAAAAUUUUAUCAGAUUCCCAUGACCGGU